UGUGUGUGCGCGCGCGCGCGCGCGAAAGAGAGAGAGAUGUCAGUGAAAAUCGUGUACAGUAAACGGCAACAGUGCUCUAAUAAAACGAUGAACAUUUCAUUAAUUCCUCUACACUCCUGUGGAAAAUUCGGGAUAAAACAUUCGGGGCUCGAGCCCCGAAUGAAUAGCCCUAGCGACGCCCCUGGGUGCAUAUAUUGGGGGCGCUGUGAAGGCCGUGUGCCACUCCCAGAGGCCAGCCACACUGACCUCCUAAUGGGUGAACCAGAAAGACUGUGGGCACAAGCAAUUAUAGGGGAAUUACCAAAAGGACAAAAGUAAGAGUUUGGGUCUAUUGAAACAGAUGACAGCAAUGUUCAUUGAUGUUAAAAAGAAAACUGACUCUCCCUCUAAACUAUAUCACUAUAGCAGUUAUUAUUCUAUAAAAAUUUUGAACAUUAAGCCAUAUUAAAAAAAUAAAGGGGAAAGAGCAUGGUAAUUGGCUUCAUCUAGUGGACAUGGUUUAGUACUGCAAGGAGGGAGGGACAGGAGGCGUACAGAAAAAUGAUACAGGACUUCGUUGCAUGGUGUGACUUUAACCAUCUGCACCUCAACACCACAAAGACCAGGGACAUGGUGGGGGACUUCAGGAGGCCCAGGCCUCAACCUGAGCCUGUGACUAUCAAUGGUGACUGUGUGGAGUUUGUCAAGACCUACAAAUACCUUGGAGUACAGCUGGAUGAUAAAACGGACUGGACUGCCAACACAGAUGCUCUGUGCAGGAAAGGAAGGCUCUGUACUUCUGUACAGCCGGCUCUGUACUUCCUAAGAAGGCUGGCUUCCUUUAACAUCUGCAAAAAGCUGCUGCAGAUGUUCUAUCAGACUGUUGUGGCGAGUGCCUUCUUUUAUGCGGCAGUGUGCUGGGGAGGCAGCAUCAAGAAGAAGGUUGCCUCACGUCUGGACAAGCUGGUGAGGAAGGUGAGCUCGAUUGUGGGCUCAGAACUGGACAGCCUGAUAUCAGUGGCAGCGAGACGGGCGCUGAGCAGGCUCCUGUCCAUCAUGGACAAGCCACUUCAUCCACUGUACAGCGUCAUCUCCAGACAGAGGAGCAGCUUCAGUGACAGGUUGCUGUCACUGCCCUGCUCCACUGACAGACUGAGGAGGUCGUUCCUCCCCCAUGGCAUGUGACUCUUUAAUUCCACUCAGGGUGGGAAAAGUCAGUGCUGACACUACUCUCUGUCCUGAAAAGUCAGUGCUGACACUACUCUCUGUCCUGGACUGUACAACAAACUACACACUAUGCAAAAUACACCCCGGUUUGCACAGAACUCUCCAAUACACUGAGAUUUGCAGAGGACUCAAACACGCAGUUUUUGCACAUCACCUCACUAGGACUGUACAUUUAAACUCUUGUUUUUUGCACAUUACUUAUCUUGUAUUUCUUAAAUCUCUGUAUUUAUUCCUUAAAUCUCUGUAUUUAGUAUUUUUUGCUAUAUUUUGUUAAUUGUGUUAUAUUUUAUUUGUUAUAUUUUUUGCCAUGUUUUGUACCCUUAAAUUCAGGUAUGUAGUAUUUUUUUUUAGAAGUUUAUCUAUUACCUGUGCUUGUGGAUACUGCUGGAAGCUGUAAAUUUCCCUUUGGGAUGGAUAAAGUAUCUAUCUGUCUGUCUGUCUGUCUGGCUAUCUAUCCACUCUUAAGUUUAUAAGAAAAUUUGUCUUCUUCUAUUAUCCUUAUUUAAAUCCUCACCAUAGCAACAUCAUUCAAAGUAUCACAAAUUCCUUCACAGUUUCACAUCAGCUAUGUCUUGACAUUAUUCUGACUGAUUUUGAACCAAAUCACGUGAAAGUAAGGGACAAAACAUUAGAGAUUUCUAAAAGUGACACACACAAAAGUGACUUAACAUAAAUUUGAGGUUUGAUGUACAUCACUCAAUGUACACAGAAGUUAUUAGCCACUUUCUGUUUCCUUUUAUUCGCCAUAAGUUUAAGGGCUCCUCACGGCUGCAACGUUUGAGAUAUCAAGGAUAGCUUCGCAAUUUUAGAUCCUCAAUGUCUUCAGAUCAUAUUGGACCCUGUGUGGUCAAAAUCAUAUAAAUCCCCUAGGAGGAGUAUAUCAAAUUCCACUGGGUGCGUUUUUUGAACAUCCCAAAAUAACUGACUUCCUGUUAAGCAGAUCCCAUGACAGGUGGAUGAAUGUCAUUUAGCUCAAUGAGAUCUGUCUCAUGUCUCAUGCAUAUAUGUGCAAGUGAAUAUGAGCUCUGCAGCUAGAUUUCUGACAAAGUUCCAGGGGGCGCUGUGAAAGCCCUGUGCCACGCCCGGGGACCAGCCACACUGUCCUUUCUCAUAAACAUUUGCACUCUCUAUGUAAAAUAUUUUGGAACAUUAGGCCUUUCCACUAAUAAAAUAUGAGAACAUUAAUUUUCUUCUAUUAUGUUCUUAUGUAAAUCAUUGCCAUAGUAACACGAUUCAAGGUAUCAAAAAUUCCUUUACAGCUAUUAUUCUGACUGAUUUUGAACCA